AUGGCGGUCUGUGAUGGCCUCCCCUGUCCUCUCCUUCCACAAGGUGGCUUGCGCCUUCGUGGCAUUCGGUAUCCGCUGUCUGGGCUGCGCGUCAUUGGCAACAGGAUUGUCGAGGCUGGCCCCAGUGUCGUCGUCGCUUCCACUCCAGCCAUCGUGGCCACUGCCUCUUCGGAACCCCCCGCCGGCUACAACACCUUCAGUGCCCCUCCUGUUAUCAUGCAGAACGCACGGAAUACCUCCUGUGCGACUCAGCAUGUCGCCCCUGCCGCCUCUCCAUUUGUGUUUGCCGGCUUCACAGCCCCCUCAAAGUCUCCUCCAGCAAUGCCAUGUCCGGCGAAGACCUUCCCGCCUGCUCUGUCGGAUCCCGUUCCCGUGGCGCCCAUCCAGCCCGCCACAAAUGAGACGAGACAGAUGAGCUUCCAGCCAAGCAAGAGGCCGGGUACUUUUGGCGUAGGUGGCGGCGGGAUUGGAAAGACGAGUGCGGCUCCGAGGAGGUCUUGA